CAAGGGAAAAACUACUGUUUAUUUUUUACACACACACUCGGGGAAAACAAAUCAGUGUUUUCCGCAUUCGCGGGGCAGUCAUGCAUACAUAUGAAGGGUAACGUGUUUGGUUUUUAGCGUUCGAUCGUCUUAACAGAAUGGUAUGGAUACUGGAAUCACCACGGUAGCUACAAACUGGGGAGCCAUGGCUUGCUUUAGACGUCUAUGCUGUAGGUUCUGUCGGAUCUUCUCAUCACCAAAGUGCACCCGGUUCUUCUCCGUCCUUCUCCUCGUAACAAUGGCCUUCAUCUACUACAACCUUUUCUUCUUCCUCUCAACGAACCACCUAGAAAACCCGGACUUUGUGGGCGUCAAUAAAUGCCCGGCGUGUUACGGGACAAGCAUGUGUCAGGAAUUCAGCCACGGGUACCUCAGUUUGACGUCCUACUCAAGGAUGAGGUUCCUUGACAUCGUCAACGUGAAGAAUGUCUUCUACGGUUGGCAUCAAAAACUAAACUCCGAUGUGAUUUUAAAGCGCUUAGGCCAUAACAAGGAACUUGACAGUUUUGACAGGGAUAUAUGUAAGAAUGCUGGCGCCGGAGUUAAAUGCGACGUCGCGAAAAGUAUUUUUAAGACUAAGUUCUCAAGGGUGUUAGAGACGGAGAUGUUGACGAUCGCGGAUGCAGAGGGGCUUUCAGAUGUCGUUAGAUGUCCGUCGGAAAGACUAUUAGAAAGGAUUACAGCUAAGUUUAUGGAGUACAUUCCAGCCAAGACUCCGAAGAAAGACUGGAAGAUGAUGCUGAUGACAACAUUGGCUAUUAAUCCAGAGCCUAUAAUGUAUAUGAUAUUUCCUAAAUCAGAGGGCUGGCCAUUUCCUCAGUAUUAUGGAGCAUGUGGUCGUUUCAUCGUUCAGGACUACGUCGGCAAACCAUUAAAAAGCUACUUCCAAAAGGAUUGGAUGACACGACUAGAUUUGGCAUUUCAAGUGAUGAGAAUAGCUGAAAAGUUGACCAAUAACGAUCAAGGGUACGGACUCUACAUGACUGACGUCAGCCCGGAAAACUUUGCUGUAAACGAAAAGGGAGAGGUUUUUAUCAUUGACGCUGAGAAUAUUAUCGUCGUUGACAAACAGAAAAUCAAAACAGAUGGGAAACCAUUGUGGGAUCAGCAGCAUCAGUCAUUUCAUGAUGAAUGUAAGAGCCACCCAGGAUGUCUGUCUUUCUCAUCAGAACUUCUCUGUAAACGCCACAGUAGCGACCACAACUACUAUGCUAUAUGCCAUGGAUUACUAGCCAACACCCCUGGAAAACCUGACGAGUCUACAGGUCUACUCCACGACCCUCCAGAACACCUACUGGAAAGGGAAGAGCUGAUUCGCCUGAUUGCUGAGUGUGAGAUGCCGAGUCAACAGAAUGGCCGUUACGAUGCCAUGCAGCAACUCCUUCAACUUCUUGCCAAACUCACAAAAAGAAAAAACUAAAUUACGGAAAGUAAACGUCUUAAAGGAACCUUACAGAUUUGAUAAGAACAAAACUUGCUUAAGAUUACAGAUUUACAUAAAACUUACACAGUCUAUUGAUGAUGGAAACAGAAAACAUCCCUUGAAAUAAUUAUUUU